UCCAAGCCUAUCGGCAAAGUGUGGGGUGCACACGGAUCCAAGGCGGUCCUUGAUCUCAAGUGGAAGGGUGCAGGCGAUGAACACGGCGCGUUUGGGACCGGCAAGGGAUGGCUGGCGAGUGCUGGAAGUGACCGUACCGUCCAAAUCUGGGACAUGGACCAUGCCUGGGACAAGGGAGCGGCACCGACCCACAUGCUCCACACGGCAUACCAGAUUCGAAGUGUCGACUGGCGGCCAUCGCACGCCACAGAGCUGGUGGUUGUGCCCUUUGACCAGCCCAUCGCGAUGGCGGCUGAUCCCAACCGCCCAACAGAACUCACGGUUCCCGACGAUAGCGACUCGGCGCUGGAAGUGUGGGAUGUCAGGAGACACCAUGUCGCCAAAUAUGCGUUGCCUGGUAUAGAAGGAAAUGCCGUCGCUGCCAUCUGGGACGACUCGGACUCGCUGGUAGCCUGUUAUCAAAAGGGCGAACUCGUCCAGGUCGACUUGAACAGCAAGGUCGCACCCAAGACGUACCCGCUCGACACUAUUCCACGCCAGGUCAUUGCCUGGAGCGCAAAGGGUGAAAUGGCGUACGCCAUUGACCGGUUCAAGCAGGGCGAGAUUCCCUUUGACGACAUCAAGCCCGAGUUCAAUUCCUGGCAAGUUGGCGGCCGACCACGCAAGGGUGUAGCAGACCGGCCGUACGAGCCCCUUCAAACCGUUGGCACUGUUCCGCUGCCAGAUAAUGAUGACGAGGAGUUCGUCUACAUGGCCCAGCAGUAUCGCUUCGAAGGCGAUACAGCUGAGAAAUUGUGUCGUUGGAACCGCGAGGUUGCCGAAGUAUGUGGGCGUCAAGACGACGCAAGAGUGUGGGACUGUCUGCAGGGCAUUGUUGAGGAGUUUGCCAGCCCGAACGAAAGCAUCUUCAACGAGGGAGUCUUUAACCAGACAUCCAACCCGUCUGUGCCUGUCAUCAACGCAACUUCACCUCACGGAUACGACGAGGCGCCUCGGAGUAACGCCCCGUCCAUCUACGGCUUUUCGGGAAUCCCACUUGAAGAGUCUGACGAGAGCAUUGUUGUGUCCAAACUCCACCCUCUCCUCAUCCACGAUGACAGCUCGAGCUCAGUGGGCUCCUCGGAGAGCGACGAGCCGCAGACCCCACUGUUGAAGUCACAGUUCAAGGCGUUCAUCCCACCUCCUGUUAUCCACCCCUCCGCCGUCCGCCCCACCAUGACACGCAACGACUCGUCCAACUACAAUCCCUCCCCUUAUGGAGCGCUGUUGGGUAGGACGGUGGCGAAGAAGCUCGCGUUUGACGCACCUUCACGAGACGACUCCCCAGCUCUGGACGAUAUGGACUAUCCAGACCCCUACGGCAUUGCGGCCGCGCUCGAGUCUGCUUCAGGGGCCAACGGCUACCGCGGAGGCAUCACCUCGCGCUCAACACCACACAGCACACGGCCGGGCACGCCGAGAAUGGACCGAGUGGCACUUGCAGGGCGCGCGUCUGCCCUCCAGUCGCCGGCUGGGAGCGGCCGGGGUUCAAUUGUCGCAGCGACCAAGGACAGGUUCCAGCCUGCCGCGCUUGCUCGUCACGUACAAGAGUCGUUCCCACCAGACCAGUGGGACACGUACCGUGCCUCACGGUGCGGCAUGCUGCUCGACUGGUGGCGGUCAUAUGUCGAUGAUGGCGAAGUGCAGCUUGCCACAGCGGUGCUUAUCGUCGGUGGCAAGGUGGUGAAUUUCCCGCGAAAACAGUCGGAACGUGUCCUGGAGGCAUACAUUGACUUGUUGGAACGAUACCAACUCUCCAUACCCGUCGCGUAUGUGCGCAAGUACGCCAACGUUCUCUCGGCCCAGACUCUUGCUACGCAGGAUGGCAUCACGCACAUCUUGCACUGUGCCAGGUGUGGCAAGUCGACGGGCUCGUUGGAUGACACUGCGGACAGGAAGACAUUUUGGUGGUGUACAAAGUGUCGACGAGCCGCAAAGCUUUGUGCUGUUUGCCGGCAGCCGGUGAAGGGACUCUGGCAGGGUUGUAACAAGUGCCGACACGGCGGACAUGCUCCUUGUCUUGAGCUCUAUUACAAUCAACCGCUUCCACCAGCUCCACUGUCGGCAUCACGUCCGGCAUCACCUGCCCCUCCUGGUAUCACUCGACGCCAUUCGGCUGGUCUGCACGGUACAUCCCUCGAGUCGGCCAUCACCGAGCGGACCGAACGCCACACAGAUCACGGCGGAGAGUCUUCGGCGUUCAGUCAGGCGGUGAUCACGACCAACGUCUGCCCUACAGGAUGUGGCUGCCAAUGCCGCGCGGUCAAGAGUGUGGUGGUAACGGACUGGAGCCAAUGGGGCGAGUCAGGAGAACAAUAG